CCUUCUUUGUAACAGGCCUUUCCUUCUAAAUACAUUGCAUUCAUUGCCAACCCUUGCAUUGACAUGGCUCUCGAACUUCCCUCUCCUCAUUCUUCCACCCUUGCAACACCAGAAGAUAGAAAACCGGAGGUUGUCCGCCGGUCUGCCGGGUUUCACCCUAGUGUAUGGGGUGAUUACUUCCUCAAGUACUCAGAAGAUACUAAGAAGGUGGACGCAUGGGCUAAUAGGGUUGAAGAGCUAAAGGAAGAAGUGAAGAGGAUGAUGAGUGAAGCAAAGGGGUCAGUGCAAGAACUGCAACUGAUCGACACUCUCCAACGACUCGGUGUGGCGUAUCACUUUGAAAAGGAGAUAGACGAGGCAUUACACUGGAUAUAUGGUGAAUAUGCUACUGUUGAUUUUGAUGAUCUGCAUGCCGUUGCUCUACGAUUUCGAUUGCUAAGACAAGAAGGGUAUAAUGUGUCAUCUGAUGGAUUUACAAAGUUCAAAGAUGAUCAUGGACACUUCAAAGACAGUUUAAUUAGCGACGUGAGGGGCAUGUUAAGCUUAUACGAAGCUGCUUAUCUUAGCACACAUGGAGAAGGCAUCCUAGAUGAAGCCAUUGUUUUCACUACUGGACACCUUAAGUCCCUCAUGGCCCACCUUAAUCAUCCUCUUGCCACACAAGUGGGCCAUGCCCUAGAACUACCUCUUCGCAAGCGCAUACUGAGGUUGGAAGCAAGGUACUACAUUUCGGUUUAUGGUGAUGAUGUGGCACGGAGCGAUGUGUUGCUCGAACUCGCCAAGUUGGAUUUCAAUGUGGUGCAGUCGUUGCACCGGAGAGAGAUUAAGGAUAUCUCCGAGUGGUGGAAGGACAUUGACAUUGCCGGAAAGCUACCAUAUGUGAGAGAUCGGGUGGUGGAGGACUACUUUUGGAUAAUCUCGGUGUACUUCGAACCACAGUACUCUCAAGCUAGAAUUAUAAUGGCCAAAAUGUUAAGUCUAUUCUCCAUAAUUGAUGACACUUAUGAUGCGUAUGGUACAUUAGAGGAGCUCAAACUAUUCACUGAUGCUAUUCAAAGGUGGGAUGCAGGAGCCAUGGACCAGAUGCCAGAGUUCAUAAAAGUGUGUUUCCAAGCGCUUCUAGAAACUGUAAUGGAAAUAGAAGGUUUGCUAACUCAACAAGAAAGAUCCUACCGAAUUCCAUACUUGAAAGAAGUGGUAAAAGAAUUGGCAGGAGCCUACCUUGUUGAGGUCCAAUGGUUCAAUGGUGGAUGCAUGCCCACAUUAAAGGAGUAUUUGCGCAUUGCACUGCUUUCCAGCGGCUAUCCUGCACUCACGUUAAUUUCUUUCAUAGGUAUGGGAGAAAUAGCCACAAAGGAGGCCUUUGAGUGGGCCAGGAAUGAACCAAAACUCAUCAGGGCCAUCUCUUUCAUUGGCCGAAUUAUUAAUGACAUACGCUCAGGCAAGUUCGAGCAAGAGAGAGGGCAUGUCGCUUCAGCUGUGCAAUGCUACAUGAAUGAGAAUGGUGCAUCAGAGCAGGAAGCUUGUGACAAGUUCGGUGAAAUGCUCGCAAUGGCUUGGAAAGACAUCAACCAAGAAUGCCUUAGGCCAACCCCGAUCCCGAUGCCUCUCGUUGCACGAGUCAUCAAUCUGACACAGGUGAUAGAAUCCUUAUAUGUGCAUGAAGAUGGAUACACUGAUUCUAGAGGGGAAACAAAAGUCAAAAUCACUGCAGUACUCGUAAAUUCCAUCCCUGUCUAAGAAAUGGAUUAUGUUGUUAUCUUAUAUUUUCAGAGACGGUAUCUUAUCAUGUAUGAGUGAGAGAAUGUGAUGUGCAUGGUAUUGUGUGCUUAACUAAUUAAAAUAAUCUCUCUCUAUAGAUAUCUACAUUUAUGUA